UGGCCCCGGGCCCAGAAGCGGGAGUCUAACCCCAGCAGGGCGGGACGGGAUGGUCUGCAGCCUCCCGGCCUCCGCUGCCUUUCGUGUAUGGGCGUGUGCACGCGCAAAGACUGCGCCCAGCGCUCGCUGCAAGAGGCAGAGACGGGCAGGGCAACUCCCCGUCUCAAAGCCGGAUAUAUAGUGUCAGUGGCUGGAAGAGGAGGAGGGAAGCGGUUUGGUGCCCCCCACCGUGCCUAGAGUUGCUUGUGAUCGGGGAGGUGAGGGAAGCGUUCUGGAGCCGGGAAUUGAUCGGAAACGAUUCAACUGUACAUACAAUCGCCUGAAUAUACAUGCAUAGAAUUGGAAAUGCAAGUGGUGAAUAAUCACAAAAGGCUAGAUUCUUCUAUCCUUGCUCACAGAACCUCCUGCAGGAAGUCAGAAGGAGGACAGAGAGAGAGCGCACCAUGUCUUCAAUUGCAGCUUAUUACAAUGGAAAGACCGUACUCAUCACAGGAGCCACGGGUUUUAUGGGCAAGGUACUGAUGGAAAAGCUACUGCGCUCCAGCCCUGAUGUGGAAGCUGUUUAUAUCCUCGUGAGGCCAAAGGCAGGACAAUCAAUGCAGGAGAGAGUGGCAAAUAUGGUGAAAUCUAAGGUCUUUGACAGAGUCCGGGAAGAUUGCCCUAACUUCCAGGAGAAGAUUAAGCCCAUUAAUGCAGAACUCACUCAGCCAAAUCUGGCCAUCAGUGCCAAGGACUCACAGGAGCUUCUGUCCCAGGUCAAUGUUGUCUUCCACUGUGCAGCAACAGUUCGCUUUGAUGAGCCACUAAAACAUGCCCUGCUGCUGAAUGUCAUGGGCACACAACAGCUCUUACUGCUAGCCCGGCAGAUGCAGAAGCUCGAGGCCUUUAUCCACAUCUCUACUGCCUAUGCAUAUUGUAAUAAGAGAAUUAUAGAUGAAGUCAUCUACCCACCACCUGUUGAGACCAAGAAGCUCUGCGACUUAGUGGAGUGGCUGGAUGAAUCUAUCAUUCAAGAGAUCACACCUAAGCUGAUUGGGGACUGGCCCAAUACGUAUACAUACACCAAAGCCUUAGCAGAGUACCUGGUCCAGCAAGAGAAAGAGCACUUCAACGUUGCCAUCAUCAGGCCAUCCAUCGUGGGAGCCAGCUGGCAUGAGCCUUUCCCAGGUUGGAUUGACAACUUCCAUGGAGCAAGUGGAAUGAUUAUUGCGUCUGGCAUCCUGGUGGCUCCAACAGCUGGUAAAGGGAUUCUGCAAACUCUCAAAGUCAAUAAUGAUGCAGUAGCAGAUCUGAUUCCAGUAGACGUCGUCAUCAACCUCAUCCUAGCAGUUGGGUGGUACACUGCAGUUCACAGACCAAAACCAAUGAUGGUGUACAACUGUACAACAGGUGGAAUCAACCCUUUCUGCUGGGGAGAGAUAGGAUACCAUGUCAUAUCCACAUUCAAAAGGAACCCCCUUGAGCAGGCCUUCAGAAUACCCAAGGCUCAGAUGACCUCAAACCACCUGAUAAACCAGUACUGGAUAACUGUCAGUCAUAAGGCUCCAGCCAUGCUCUAUGACUUCUACUUGAGAUUAACAGGAAGAAAGCCCAGGAUGAUGAAGAUCUUCAAUCGGCUGCACAAGUCUAUGAUGCUUCUGGAAUAUUUCACCUGUCAGUCCUGGGAGUGGUCUUCAGAAAAUACGAACAUGUUAAUGACCCAGCUCAGUCCAGAGGACAGGAGAUUAUUCAACUUUGAUGUGCGUCAGCUGCAUUGGUCAGAAUACAUUGAAAAUUACUGCAUAGGUGCAAAGAAAUAUUUGCUGAAUGAGGACAUGUCUGGGAUUCCUGCAGCAAAGCAGCACUUACGAAAGCUAAGGAACAUCCAGUAUGCAUUUAACACCACCCUCCUUGUGAUCAUCUGGCGCAUUUUCAUUGCAAGGUCGCAGAUGGCUCGCAACAUCUGGUACUUCGUUGUGAGCCUCUGCUAUAAGUUCCUUUCCUAUUUCAGGGCAUCAAGCACCCUCAGGCACUGAAAUAAUCAGCGGCCAAAAGGUCCUUCUCUCCUCUAAACAGCAUCUGUGGGCAUCUGGGCUUGAAAGUAGCAGGGAAUCCACCACCACCAACAGCUGCCUGCAGUCAAUGUGUCCUGUUACUAUGACCACAAUUAUCUUUUUACUAAUGCUUUAAUAUGCAAACUUUCUUCCAUAGGACCAUGCUAAUUUUAAAGCUAUAACUGAAGCUUUAGGCAUGGGUUAUUCUGAGUCUUGUCUAGAUUCUGGUGUGCAAGAGGAUGGAUUAACCAAAGCUGCCAUCUUUCCAUCCAAACUCUAAGAGCUAGACACCGUCAUCCCCACCUCUCUCCUUAAUAGUUGCAAAUUUUAAAGGAAUAGAAAUUAGGAAAGGAAUAUGAUAAGACAAGGAAAUAGAAAAAGAAAUCAG